UCUUCCGGCUUCCGGCUUCCGCUUUUGCACUUUUUUUUUUGUUUUUACCGUCAACGAACGUUUGUGUCGAGAAAAAUACACACGUGUGUGUUUGUGUGGAGAAAAACACGCGAAAUAUGGACGACGUGAAGCUUCAGAACGGUGGCACAACCAAGAAGAGAGACGACUACCUGGAAUGGCCUGAAUACUUCAUGGCUGUAGCUUUUCUGUCAGCCCAAAGGAGCAAAGACCCAAGCUCGCAGGUCGGAGCUUGUAUUGUGAACCAGGAGAAUAAGAUUGUCGGCAUUGGUUACAAUGGGAUGCCAAACGGUUGUGAUGAUGACCUGCUGCCCUGGUCACGCUGCGCAGAAGACCGACUGGACACCAAAUAUCCAUACGUCUGCCACGCCGAGCUGAACGCCAUCAUGAACAAGAACAGCGCCGACGUGAAAGGCUGCACCAUGUACGUGGCCCUGUUCCCCUGCAACGAGUGCGCCAAGCUCAUCAUCCAGGCCGGGAUCCGAGAGGUGAUUUAUCUUUCGGACAAGUACCACGACAAGCCAGAGAUGACGGCGUCCAGACGGCUGCUCGACAUGGCGCGAGUAAAGAUCAAACAGUUUGAGCCCAAAAGGACGGAGAUUGUCAUCAAUUUUAAUUCCAUCAACGACAACAGUCCUCAAAAACAGUGCAGUACCAGCUCACCUGUGGAGGGCGCUGCUGCUGCUGCUGCUGCUGCUUCUUCUGCUGCUUCUGCUGCUUCUGCUGCUGCUGCUGCUGCUGCUGCUUCUUCUGCUUCUGCUUCUGCUGCUUCUGCUGCUGCUGCUGCUGCUGCUGCUGCUGCUUCUGCUGCUGCUUCUGCUGCUCAGUCAGACGGUGAGUAGUCAGAGAAGGGCACGAGCGGGACGAGACCUAAAAGAGAGACUUUUGAUGACUUUUGUCCGAACAGGGAAAACUCAAGUACACGUGGACUUUUGGAUACUGUUGGAUGUUUUCAUUUAAACACUGGGUUUAAACAGUUUUUUGGCCGGGGGGCGGGGUUUGUAAUGCUGCUAUUUAUCUUUUUAAAAUAUUCUUUAGGUCAAGGGUCACUUUAAGUCUUUAUGUUCACUGUGUGAGUGAGUGAGUGAGUGUGUGUGUGUGUGUGUGUGUGUGUGUGUGUGUGUGUGUGUGUACGAUGAUUGAUUUCAUCGUUCAUAUUCUGGAAAAAAAAGCGGCCAACGGUUUAAAAAAAAAAAAAAAAAAUCCACAGUGGGUCGCAAAGUGUAGGUCGGGGGCCCACAGAUGGUUGCAGAAAUGUUUGUUUUGGGUCCCCAAAACACACUUUCUGAAUUUAUCCAAAAUUUCAGUCUAGGUUAAUGUGUACACAUAUAUAUAUUAAAUUUUAAUUUUUAAAAAAUAACAUGCAAAAAGUUCUCUCUGAUUGAAAGCUGCACCAUGUAGCAUUUCUAAAUCAAACGAUUUAAAAAAAAUGACAAGCGUGACAAUUCCAGAUUUGAUAUAUAUUUUGUUUAGCCUUGUACUUUUUUUGCAUUCAGCACAAAUAACGUCAACACUUUUUACAUCCAUCCAUUUGUCACCCCCUGGUGGCUAAAUAAAGAGUAUGCAACUGCAAA